AUGUCCGGUACAAAAGAAUACUACUUUGCUAUAGUUGGUCAUCAGGAUCAACCAUUAUUUGAAAUGGAUUUUCCAGUAGUAGAUGCUCAUGCAUCAUUGGAUGUUGUGGAUGAGUUAAUAAAAACAUCACCAAAUAUGUAUCUUAAGUGUAUAGACAAAUUUAAUGAAUGGAAUAUUAGUGUUUUUGUUACUGCUAGUAGAAUUAGAUUUCUAAUAUUACAUACUCAUAAAAACGAUGAUGGUAUAAAACAAUUUUUCCAUGAAAUGUAUGAAACAUAUAUAAAAUAUUUAAUGAAUCCAUUUUAUGAAAUAAAUACAGCUAUAACUUCUUUUGCCUUUGAAAAUAAGGCAUUAUUUUUUGGGAGAAAAUAUUUAAGUUAA